AAGGUAGCACAAUGGUUGAUUUCAAUUUCGAUAUCAGGCCGUUCUUUCCGCAACCCAUUAUCCGGGUGCAUAUGGAUCAGGUUGCGACACCUGGUAAUCGGAUGAGAAUAUCGCCCCGCUCGGAUGCUGCCCUCAAAUUGUCUGCUAUAAUCGAUCGCAUGGGCCAGCUAUCGGCUGUGGCCCAGGGCUUAAGCCGGCCGGUGACGAGCGCUGACAGGCUCUCAAGUAAUCAAACGAUCUAUCUAUUGGCCGAUACGCAAAGCAAAGGCAGUCGCUUACUUGUCACUGGCCUGCUCAAGGUAGGCACCAAGAAUCUAUAUCUAUUCGAUGAGCGCGGUGAGCGACGUAAACUGGAUCAGACGCCCGCAAUUCUUGAUUUCUAUGUGCAUGAGUCCCGGCAACGUCACGGAUUGGGCAAACGGCUGUUCGAAAAUAUGUUGGCUGAGAAAUGUUGGACACCGCUAAAGUGCUCGGUGGAUCGACCUUCUGAGAAGUUUUUGACAUUUUUGAAAAAACAUUACGGUCUCGUACGGACCAUACCACAGGCUAAUAAUUUUGUACUCUUCGAGGGAUUCUUUGGCGAUGCUGAUAAUGCGGAUUCUUUAGCGAUGCCGAAAUUGACUCGCAGUCGUCCACUUUCGCAAAUUUCGUCCUUGCCACCCCUGGCAACCACCUCGGUUGGCAUGCUAAUGGGUGGCACCAACAGCAGCACCUUCUUCAACGGUGGGUCGACAUACCUCAACAAUCAGACACAAAUCACAACAUUUGGACGCUAUGGAGCUCCACGUCCGAUCACCAGUAUGGGCGAAAUCAUGCGUUCGGGCAAUCAAGGAUAAAAGUCUCGCAAUACAAUCGAAACAACAUACUAUAUAUAACAUGCAUAUAUAUACAUACAUGUCAUACAUCGUACCACCUUUGUUAUUCGAUUAUACUUCGUAAUUUAUUUCUUACGCAAAUUUAAAGUUGAUGGCCAUUUCCUAAAUUUACAUACAUUUUUAAAAAUUCAAUAAGCAAAAUAAAUAUUG